AUGAGUUUUUUAAGCAGCAUUCGGCAACUACUCCCGAGCGUGGACUGGCUGUCCGGCACAACUGAGCCAACUGGCCCUUUCACACCAACCUACGCUGACGUCUGUCACGCCCGCGCCCUCCUCAAGACACUCAAACUGCCCACUGAGCUAGUACUCAGCAUCCUGGAGCAUGCACAAUAUUGGCCUAUUGCUGAAUUCUCUCAGAAUGGGCGCGAAGUCCAUGCCAACGCCAGCGCUAGCGCCAACAGCUCAUCCGCAGCAGCAUUGUGUCUCGAAGCCGAAAUCUUCUCUGCAUCUGUCGUAGAAAGGAUACAUCUUGGUGGCGAAACAGUAAAGAUCAAGCGCAUUACCUUUGAUGUGAUGAGCAGAGACCAAGGAUGGACAAGCGAAGACACACAAGGCACUUUCUCGACGUCUUCAUGGCUUGAAGUAUCUAUCCUGCGAGAUGCUUCCAACAUCAACAGUCGACUUCCUACUCCGCGGUUGGUCAAUACUUGGCUGAGCAGCCCAAUGGAUUACCAUACUAAUAUGGUUGGUCGUGGCUGGUCGCUCGUCAAGAGGCCAGAGAGCGCGUUGCAGGGACCGCAGGGAGGUGAGGGGGACUAUGCGUGGUAUUUGCAGGGCAAUCGCGUCAUGGCUUCGGGGCAGGAGUACCAUGUUGCUUGGGAAGAGCAUGGCUUGAGUGAAGUGAACGAGGGGAAUGAAGGCGCAGGUAGUGGAGAAGGCUUCUUGAAUGCGUUGAGACAGGGAGAUCGGGUGUUGGUGUGGGCGAGGGCCAAGUACCCAGGAUGGCGGUGUAUCGUCGAUAACGUCAACGUCACUGUCCAUUAUGGCUUUUGA